AUGACUGACCACGUCGAGGAUGUGAAGAAACCAGAGUUGACUACUUACAUCUCUGAUAAGGAUGAUAAGGAUAGCACCAAUGACUCCAUGGAUGUCUACGCCCAGGAGUACAUGGCAAAGUUUUUGGACAUUUCUAAGAACGCUAAGGAGAAUGAUAAUAUCGAGAAGGGCAUGACUUUGAAGGAGGGUAUCAAGACCUUCCCUAAGGCUGCUUUGUGGUCGAUCCUUCUUUCUUCUGCCAUCAUCAUGGAGGGCUAUGAUCUUAACCUUAUCAACUCCUUCUAUUCUUUCCCCGACUUCCGCAGAACUUUUGGUGAAUAUUAUCCCGAUAAAAACGAUUGGGAAAUUCCUGCUCAAUGGCAGACUGGUCUCAGCAUGGCUGUCAACUGUGGACAGGUUUGUGGUUUGUUCCUUGCAGGUAUCAUCUCUGAGAGAUGGGGUUACAAAAAGACCUUGAUUGGUUCUUUGAUGUUGGUUACCGGUUUGAUUUUCAUUGUCUUCUUUGCUCAGAACAUCGCCAUGUUGCUAGUUGGUGAGCUUUUGCUUGGUUUCCCAUGGGGCGCAUUCCAGACAAUAGUUUUGUCUUAUGCAUCUGAAGUUUGUCCGACCGUAUUACGUUUGUAUUUGACUACCUACGUCAAUGUGUGUUGGGUUAUUGGCCAGUUGAUUUCCUCUUGUGUGUUGAGAGCUCUUGUUAAUUCUUCGAUCAAGGAUUCUUGGAAAAUUCCCUUCGGACUUCAAUGGUUCUGGCCCGUCCCUAUUGCUAUCGGUGUCUACUUUGCUCCAGAAUCUCCCUGGUGGUUGGUUAAGAAGGGCAGAUACCAGGAUGCUAAGCACUCUCUUUGCAGAUUAUUGAGUGAAAGUGAAAGCUUGCCAGACAAGCUGGUUAUGGCUCAAGCUAUGGUGGAUAAGAUGAAGUUGACUAUCAAGGAAGAAGAAGCUAUCAGUGCUGGUGUGUCUUUCAGAGACUGUUUCAAGAAGAAGAAUAUCAGAAGAACCAGAAUCGCAUGUGUCACUUGGUUGGUGCAGAAUAUUACCGGUUCGGCUUUCAUGGGUUACUCGACUUACUUCUACUUGCAAGCUGGUUUGUCGACUUCAAUGUCUUUCACUUUCUCGAUUAUCCAGUACGUCUUGGGAAUUAUUGGUACUUUGGUUGCUUGGUUCACUUCUCAGAAACUCGGUCGUUAUGACCUUUUCUUCGGCGGUAUGAUUUUGCAGUUCCUUAUUUUGCUCACCACUGGUAUUCUUGGCUGCUUCCCAAGUGAUGCCACUUCUUGGGGUGUUGGUUCUUUGCUUUUGGUGUUCACGUUCGUCUAUGACUCUGGUGUCGGUCCAAUCACUUAUUGUUUGGUCACUGAGAUGCCCUCGUCGACAUUGAGAACGAAGACUGUUAUUUUGGCCAGAAACUGUUACAACAUUGCUGGUAUCAUUAUUGCCGUCAUUAUGCCUUACAUGUUGAACCCAACUGCUUGGAAUUGGAGAGCAAAGACCGGUUUCUUCUGGGCUGGUUUUGCUUUCUUGGCCGCUGUCUGGUGUUACCUUGACUUACCAGAAACCAAAAACAGAACCUUUGCAGAGUUGGACUUGUUGUUCGAGAGAGGGGUUCCAGCCAGAAAGUUCAAGCAUACUUCUGCAGAGGUCUUCGACAUUGAUGAGAUGAUGGGUAAGCUUGGUGAAGAAGGAGUUAGAGAGAUGGUUGAGUCCAACAGAAUUGAGACUAGCACCAUCGAUAAGGUCUAG